AUGAAGAAGUACCACCUCGUGGUUUGUGGUGUGGACUUAAACGGAAAGAUCCCGGCUGACUACCAGCAGGUCAGUGGGGACUAUGAGUGCGAAGAACCAGACCGUACAGGACAAAUGUGUGCCCGCCUUCUAUGGGAGAAUGGUGUAUGGGCACCAUCGAUGUUCUCGGCCCUACAUAAGGGCAGCCCUUGGACAUAUCAUCACCCCCUAGGAGGGGAAAGCCGCAUUGACUACCUGUUCAUUGGCGGCAAGGCGGUGAUCGAUGCUACCAAGAGCUAUGUCAGUGCAGCCUUGGACAAUGGCAGCCCCAAUGACGAUCACAGAGCUAUCUGCCUGGAGGUGGUUGGUAAGUUGGAACAGGGUCGACAACGACCUAGGCUGCAACGUUUGAGGUUUGAUGGUGAUAAGAUCCGAUCUGCUGAAGGCAGAAAAUUGCUGGCAGCUGCCUGUAAGAGAUUCGAGCAACCGACAUGGGACACUCAUCCUGAUGAACAUUAUCAACGUGUACAGGAACAUUUGCUGGACACCUUGAAGGAAAACUUCGCGGUUGAGAAGGUUGGCUGCCAUGCAUCCUAUAUCCCUGACGAGAUCUGGGAGCUUCGCCAACAAAAGAACCGGCUCCGAGGCAGAACCAGCUAUCGCCGGGCUGACCACCAUCGAAACCUCCCUGAGGCGUGGCGAGCAUGGAAAGCAGGUACAGUGUUUAGCUUGGGGCCGUGGAUGCGGAAGCGACACGUACUGUAUGAACUGAUCGCGGCGGCUAUCCGUUAUGCAACCCACCGUGUUAAGGAUGGUAUUGCCAAGGCGAAGGAUAAGUUCCUACGAAGUGUGGCUGCGGAGGGCCACCAAAAUGUGGGAGCGAUCAUGCAGCGAGCCAAGAGAGCGGGAAUUGGUUCGAAGGCGAGGAAGCCCUACUGCCGCGAACUACCGAAGCUGCUCAGCCCGACCACGGGCAAUGAGGCGACCUGUACUGCAGACCGAGAUGAGAUUUGGCUGCACUACUUCGGAGCGCAGGAGGAGGGCACCAUCAAAACAACCAGAGACUUUGUCGCGGAAGUGGCGGACUGGAGAGAAUCCAACUGUGGCGACUGGGAAUGGCAUCUUCUACCAUCAGCCCGGGACUUGGAGAAAGUCAUGAGGGAGAUGAAGCCUGGUAAGGCUGCUGGUUUGGAUCAAAUCCCCAGUGAUGUGAUGUGUGCCUGCCCUGCUGAGAUCACCCGGCUCAUGCAUGCACUCUAUCUCAAAACACUGAUUGUCGGCAGACAACCUCUGCAAUGGCGUGGAGGAGUAUUGUUUGAGUCCUACAAGAACAGUGGCCAGAAGUGCCUUGCGGAAAACUACAGGAGUUUGUAUAUCUCCAGCUUCCCGGCCAAAGUCCUACACUUCGCAAUGCGGCAGAAGGUUGACGGGGAGAUCGAUGCUUCCUUGCACCCGCUGCACUGUGGAACCCGUCGAGGUAUGCCUAUCAGCUUCCCCUCGCUUUAUGUCACGAGUCACCUCAGGAGAUGUGCUAGGUUGAAAAAGCCGGCUGCGGUGUUAUUCAUUGACACGCGCAGCGCAUACUACAGAUUGGUCCGGGAUCUAGUGGUCGGAGAUCUCCAACAAGACCGGUCUGUUGAGGAGCUCUUCUACAAGUUUGGGUUGGAUGGCAAUGACAUCUCCGAAAUGAGGGACCUCAUCCGAGAUGGAGGCAUGCUACGCCAGGCUGGAACUCCAGAGCCGGUGCAGGCGGCAGUGCAGGAUUUCCAUCGCUACACAUGGUUUGCCUCAAAAUAUACGGACGGUGGCAAUCUAUGCCAUUCAGUUGCAGGAUCCCGCCCGGGAGCUUCAUGGGCGGAUUGUGUGUUCGCAUUCUUGUACACACGAAUCUUGCACCGGGUCCACGAGAUUUUGAUCGGAGAAGACAUCAAUGGGGCCUUACCGCAUGACCAAGAGGGAGGCCCGUUUGCCACCCACCCUGAGGGUCCAUGUGAACCAAUGUGGGAUACCACAUGGGCAGAUGAUACCGCCUAUGUGAUGGAGGAGGAGGACUCGCCGGGCCUCAUCCUGUGUGUUCGUCGUGUCACCAGUGUGGUCCUCACAGCCUUCCGAACCCACGGUCUGGACCCAAACCUGAAGCGCAACAAAACAAGUGUGUUAUUACGACUUUGUGGCCGCGGAGCGACAGCGGUGCGCAAGCAGGUGUUUGGGAGUGGCAAGCCGAUGAUCCAUCUCCCGGACCUGGAUGAAAGUGUACAUGUGGUCCCAGUAUACAAGCACCUAGGUGCUCAGCUGGACCCUCAAGUGGCACUCAGACAGGAGCAGCGCUUUCGAACAGCAAUGGCUGCUGCAGCUUAUGACAGUGCCAAGGACUUGCUCUUGCACAACCGAGACCUGGGUCUUGAGACUCGGGUCUCUCUGUUCCGCAGUGCUGUGGUCUCCACGUACUUCAACCUGGAGAUAUGGGUGCCGAAGGGACCCAGUUGGGACACCAUGUGCGACAACUUCUCCAGACUAGUCCGUCGACUCCUUUGCCGAACAAUUACGGACGACAGCCUCUACAAGAUCCCAUUGCCACUUGCCCACUGGGCAACCGGAUGCUGGCCACUCGACUACUUUGCACGGAGGUCGAGGAUUUCGGCAUUGAUCUCAAUGGUUCGGUCGGGCCCCCCGUUGCUCUGGGCCAUGCUACAGAAUGAGGCGACGUGGUGUACGACGGUUUGCGCUGACCUACGGUGGCUGGUGCAUGACGAUACAGAGCGCUGGCCCGAAAUAGGUCACCACGCAUGGCCACAAUGGUGGCAUCUACUGAAGCAACAGCCGGACCGAGUGAAGCGUCGGGUGGCAAAGCGGAAUGCUGAGGAUUUCAUAGUGUUCCAGGAGGAAUCGGCGGUCCUGGUUUGCUUAUGGAGCCUCUACAGGACGAUUGCCCCGCCAACGUCGAGCCUCCUUGCCAAGGAGACAUGGAGUUGCCCUAUCUGCCAGAAGAAGUUUGCCAAAAGAUCCGGGUUGGGAGUCCACUUCUUCAAAACCCAUGGUCGGCAUGCUGAAUACCGGGAGUUCCUUGAUGGCAGCAGGUGCAAGGCUUGCAACAAGGAAUUCUGGACGAUGGGCCGAUUGGAGGAUCACCUCCGCUACUCCAACAAGUGUGUCCGAGUGUUGCGCCGGGACUACAAGCCGCAACAGACGAUCCCACCUGGCUAUGGAAGCACCAAGCGGCGCCAGAACGAGACGGCCAACUACACGCCAGCGGCGCCCACCCGGGUGGACGGCCCUCUGAAGGAGUCAGAGGAAGCACAGUGGAACCAAUGGCAACGAGCUCUUUAUCGGGGACUUUCAGAGACCAUCCUGGACGGCCAGGGUGACGAAGACCUCGAUGACGUCGUUUCCACUGAACUACGGAAACAGCCACUCUACCCUGACGAGAUCCGACAAGUCAUUGAGACCCUGAUCAGCGAGGUCGAGGAGAUCAAUGCCGACAGGGAUUUGGCACAAUGGAGCGAGCAGGAGUUCGAUCACAUUGUCCGCUCUGUCAGGGAAGGAUGCGAUAGAGUGUGCUGCCAGGAAGCGGAGGAGCUACUGGGGGACAACAGUCUCCUGAAAAGACAGCAGUUCCACCGACAAGCGGCAGGCCUAGAAUGGCAUGCCACCGUCAACGACUACCUGUCCUCUGGUAACCAAACCAACGAGGACGAGCACGGGACCCUGGAAAGUUCACUGUUUAUCCUGCCAGACAACUGGGAAGCAGAGUGGAAUCGUGGCACCAAGAACAACGAACGUGAGAAUUUCAACUGGGAGAAGCACCUGAUGCUCUCGGAGUACCUGGCCAGUCCACAGAAUUUCACCCACGUUCUCAUGCUGGACGCAGAUGCCGCGCUCGUGAAGCACCCUCUGAACAUCCUGGGCGAGAUCGCAAAGCAGAUGGAGGUCAGGAAUCUCGAUGUCUUCCUGACAAGCGAGGACUGGCUGAAGUAUGGCGAGAACCGCAUCAACGGAGGCUUCCUCAUGACCAGGAAUUCUGCGUGGACGCGGCAUCUUUUCCAGGACACCUUCCGAGCGCACGUGAAAGGUCCCGGCGGCCUUCGCACCUGGAAGAUCGGCUUGGAGCAUCAGGAAUGUAGCAGCAACGAGCAGAUCUGCCUCAACGACAUCAUGAGCGGCUCUGGCAAGGAGGUUGUCAAGGGCCACAUGACCCUCGAGAGCGGCAUCAUCUACAAUCGGGGAGGUUGCACAGUUCGUUCUUGUGGAUCCGAGCCGAUCAGUGACCGUACCAUGGAGACACUGGGAAUGAACGAUGACCGCCUGCAAGUGCUGCACUUCAUGGGUGGGUCGAAGCGGCUGGCUCCGGAAGUGUUGUGCGUCGCCGGGACGUUUUGGACAGCAGAGGAGCGGGAGGCUCUCGAGGUGGGAAUUGACCGAUUGAUGAGGGAGCUUGAAGGUUCGACCUUGGGUGUUGUUGUCUGCAUUGUGGGUGUGAUAAAGAAGAAGUUUGAAGUCAUUAGCGAGCUCUAUGCUAUCCUUGUCAGCGAACUCCUCGGAUACAACGUCGUGCUCAACGAGGGCAGCAAUGGACGGACACAGGUGUAUCGCCUAGCCGGAUGCGAUGGUGUUCCAGAAGACGGUUGCGACCCACCGCGAAAGUAUGAUCUGGGUCUGGAAAGCUGGUUCGCGGCAACCGACUACGGUUCUGUGACGCUGAAAGAUCUUGGUCCGAUAGCGCCCACCAUUAUCAACAUCCUCCCCUAUAUUGGCAAUAGUGGCAUGUUCAUCAUGGGCGAGCCGAAGCAGAGAGCGAUGAUGGAAGAUGGCCUCGCUUUGGAAUAUUAUCGCUUCUACGACGUGAAUUGGUUCUACCCGCAGAAGUACACCAAAAAGGUCCACGAAAUCCCCUUGGAUCGUCUCAAAGGGUGUGCAGCCAGCGUGCAGAGUUUAUACCCGGAUAUCGCCGAAAUCUAUCUCGCGGCCACGGGAGACGAGGAUGGCGUGGAGGAAAUUAACGGCACCAAGGUCCUGAAGUGCUACCAGGGCAAGUGGUUUGCAUCCCCGGCUUGCCGGGCGCAGCCGGAAAACUGCACUGCAUUGAUCACUGGCGGUGACGGUUGGGGCACCUUGCAUCUGACACAGCAGAUCUCGUUCCACAGCAUGCCGGCGGCGAUUGCGACUGCGGUCAGUGGGCAAUGGGGCCCAAUCAACAAGGAGUUUCUCAGCUUGACUUACUGGUGGAAGCCGGACACCACCUUCGUGCUGCAGUCUCCGGAUCUCGUUUUGUUUCCGCGACACAACCAGACGGAGUAUGCUCGACUAGUCUACGGCUCCCAGCGAAAGCACACCUGGCUGGCGAACCUGGCGGCUGCUGGUUUCGAGGAAGCCGCGCCGCUUGCUGUGGCACUUGUGCGGAACUUGUUGGUGAACGAAGCUGACAUGGGAAAAAUGCUGACGCAGCUUGUUCAGAAUGAUGAUGGUGAGCUGGACCACUGGGCUGCUGCCUGCACGUGGCUACGCCAGGAGACGAAAUGGACCUCGUGGCUUCCGAGUGUCACGGAUUGUCGCACUGGCAGCGGCUUGGUCGACGCAGCCGGCAACUUUGUCUCCGACAUACAGGUGGCGGUCGGGUGCCAACAAUGUGAAACAGGCAUGUACUCUGCGCCUGUGGCCAACACGCGCACAAGCAUAUGUCGCCUCUGCUCUCCUGGAAGCAACCAGCGCUUGGUGGGCCAAGCAACCUGCACACCCUGCGAGCCCGGGACUGUGGCGCGGGUGUCUGGCCUCUCGGAAUGUGAGCUCUGCGGCCUGGGGACUUACGCGAACGAGAGUGGCAUGACUGCCUGUCAUUCUUGCGGCGAUCAGGAGGAGCAGCCAGACCUAUGGACCACGAAGAUCCAGAUCGGGCAAAGUUUUGUCUUACAUGAUGGCGCGUCUUCGGAGGAAGAGUGCAGCUGUGUGGCAGGGGCCUUCCGCACGAAUGGGCGAUGUGAACUUUGCGAGCUUGGAUCCAUCUGCAGCGGCAACGGCAACCUGACGCUGCAGCCAGGCUACUUCGCCACAGUGGAGGAGCCGAACUUCAUCUACAAGUGCUUCGGCAUUGCCAUGGCCUGCCCGGGCGGCGAGCCCGGCACCUGCGCCGAAGGCCGCGAUCCCAGCAGCAUCGCUUGCGGAAGCUGCCUGCCAGGCAUGCGGUUCAAGGACAGCAACUGCACGAAGUGUGCAGCCGGCGACACGCUCUUUGCAGCCUUCGUCCUCUUGUCCACCAUUGGCGUGCUGUUCUGCAUGUACCUAAUCUGGGUGCGGCGAAGCUCCAGGACUGGCUAUCCGGGGCAUGUUUUAAUCACAGCUCUGGCACUCGGACAAUUUGUCACUGCAUUCCAGCAGCUCCUGGUCAUCCAGCAAUUUGAGAUCGUUUGGGGCGAACCCUUCCACAGCAUCAUGCAGUUUGCGGAGUUCAUCAGUCUGAAUCUCGACAUGGUGUCGUUGCAGUGCUAUGCGCCUGGGGAGCUGUCGCGGUACAUGCUUCAGACGAUGCUUGUGCCCAUGAUCACCGUGGUGCUGGCCAUCAUCCACGGCUUCUACAUCCUUUCAAUACGCUCCACGAGCGCGAAGCUCGAGAUGCUUGUGGGAGCUUUGGGCUCGAUUUUUAUCACCUUUUUCAUCACGCUUUGCUCGGCAAUUUUGGCUCCCUUCCGAUGCCACCUGCAUCCAAACGGCCUGUGGACGGUGCAGGACUAUCCUGGCGCCUUGUGUAACGGCGAAGACACGCAUUUUUGGAUGGUGCUCAUUGGGCUUGCCACAUGCUGCAUGCCUGUCGCAUUCUUCGUUGUGUGCUGUGUGGUAUUGAUUCAGCUCCCCACACGCCUGAUGCAAGCAGACGUGCGCUUCAUCCGCAACACGUCCUUUUUGCUCAUUCGCUAUCGCCCCGGUGCGGAGCGAUUCGCCGUUUUCCACUUGGCACGCAACGCCCUUGUGGUUCUUUGUCCUUUGAUCACUUCGCCAUCAGGCCGUGUCCUCGGGAUGAACGGAUUGAUCCUGCUUUCCCUGAUCAUGACGGCAGCUGUUAGACCUUGGCGCAUGGAAGAGUGCAACUACCUGGAGCUAGUGGUUCUUACCGGCAUGCUCGUCAUUCUCGACGCGGGAUCCUUGUACAUGCGGGAGGUGGACAGCGAGGUGGUCACUACGAUCUGCGUGGUGGUUCUGUGGAUCAUGAGCCUGUCCGCCGUUCUGGCCGGACUGCUCUUUGGAGUUGGAAAGCAUCUGAAGGUGAACUACAAGAAGCGCUUUCAGUUCUUCCUGUGCCACCAUAAGAAGUCCUCCGGCGCUUUGGCUCGCCUAUUGAAGAUGACCUUGGCGCCCCUGAAAGAGACAGAGGGAGGCGGAGACGUCUUCGUGGAUUGCGAUGACCUCACAGACUUGACAAGGCUGUUCGGGUAUGUGGCACACGAGACUGCCACCUUCGUGAUCUUGGGCAGCCCACAUGUCCUGACGCGCAAGUGGUGCAUCGGAGAGAUGGCAACCGCCCGAGUGCACGGCGUUGAGACGGUCCUCCUGGCAUAUCCCGAAUAUGUCAAGCCGAGCGAGCAGAUGAUCGCUGACUACUGCGACACCGUCUUGGACAUCGCCGAGCUUUCCAACUACAACAUCGGCUUUGAUGAUGUUCGAGAAACCCUUCGCUGGGUAAACACGGUCAUGAUGUUGGAGCUCCCUCCCGAGCUGACGCCUGAUGCGAUUGCUUCCAUUGCACGGAGGCUCAGUGGAGCAGGUGCAACACGGCUGUCCUCCUACAUUUCCUCUGCAGACAAGACUGCGGAUCCAGAUUGCUACAUCGUCUCAGAUAUUUCCAAUCAGGAGGCCGUGGCGACAGCUUUCGUUCUCUUCGGAUACGUCUCUCGGAAGUUGCUAAUGGACGACAGCCAUCUUACCUUGUCCGUGUUGCUACGAGGUAACCACGUGUCGCAGAAGAAAGCCAAAUGUGCACUCCUCCUAUGCUCCUUCGACUGCUUCAGCUCGAUCCUCUUCGCGCAAUGGCUCCUUGAGGUAAAUGCUGUGCCCUUGUGCGUGGCACUUCCCGUCGUUGCAGACGAUUUCGUUCCGCCUGGGCCCGCCUUCUGGGAUUUUGUCAAGACGGACAGCUCCUGGAGGAGCAUCGAUGUUGCCACCUACACCCGUGUAUUGAAGGCUCUUUUCAAGGACAUCCCGGUGACUUUUGCGGCUCAGAGUUAUUCCGCCUUGGAGCUGGAGAUGCGAGCAAGACAGAUCGUUGGGCGGAUGGGACGGGGCGCAAAUCCCCUCGCUUCCAAGACGGUCUCGCGCGGCAUUUCCAGGGAGUUUGCGAAAGCGAUGAUGGAGGUGCGCACCGAGGAGCCCGACCCUGCUCAGUCCAAAGAAGUCGAUGAGUUGUACGACUCAUCGGCCUCGGCCCCGAUGAUGGUUGGCCACGUUCUCAACUCCCACAAGGAGCAGCAGAACUGGACGAGAGUCUGGUCCGAGGAUGACGACGAACCCAUGGUGGAGUGGGACUUGGAUGCGACAGUUGACCUCAACGUCGACCCCCCGCGUCAGGAUCCAGUGAAAGCUAUACCACUUCCAGCCAAGGGGCGUCGAAGAGCGAGUCGGUUGGAGCUGAACAGCGGGGCCAGCGUCGAGAAUUAUGCAGAAAGUGCCCGUUCCUACACUUCCCCUUCCUCGGCCUCCUAUGCCUUGGUCAAGGACAGCAUGGCGGCAUCCUCGGCAGAGGGUUGGCUCUAUGACCGCCUCGGCGUUGAAGUACAUCCAAAG